AUGGCUGACAAAAAUAAUCUGUUGCUGUUUUUUGACCGGCCCGCGGAGCCUUGUUUCAUGCAAAAGGGAGAAGAGAAGGCUGUCUUUGAACUACCCGACAACUAUUUCCCGGAAAAAUACAAGGUGUUAUCGGAUACGAUCUCCAACCGUUUUGGCAACGAUGCCGGCCGUACCAUUCCAGUUCAGAACAUCGCUCUGCCCAACUUGUCGCUGCCGUUACAGCUCCCGUACAACGCACAGUUUUCGUUCUUCGUGCCGAAGCACCGCGACAUGGCGGGGAAGCUUAUUGACAUAUUUAUGGGUAUGCGUGACAUUCAAGAUCUGAUGUCAGUUGCCUCAUACUGUCAGCUGCGUGUCAACCCUUAUAUGUUCAACUAUUGUCUCUCAGUCGCCAUAUUGCACAGACCUGAUACGAGGGGUGUAGGAAUUCCAACAUUUGCAGAGCUGUUCCCGGAUAAAUUUGUGGACCCUAAAGUGUUCCGCAAGGCUAGGGAGGCGUCCAGCGUUGCGCCUUCAGGAGCUAGGAUGCCAGUAAUAAUACCGGUGAACUACACGGCAGGGCCUAACGAACCCGAACAGCGCGUGGCCUACUUCCGCGAAGACAUUGGCGUUAAUCUCCACCACUGGCACUGGCAUCUGGUGUACCCCAAUAAAGCUAGUGAUAACAACGUUGUUAACAAAGAUCGUAGGGGAGAACUAUUUUACUAUAUGCAUCAGCAGAUUAUUGCCAGGUACACGACAGAACGCUUCUGUAAUGGCUUGGGCCGCGUGCGUCGGUACAACAAUUUGCGUGAGCCUAUUGAAGAGGCGUAUUUCCCGAAACUUGAUUCGCAAGUCGCAAGCAGAGCCUGGUCGCCAAGAUUUUCAGGUACAACUGUCCGCGACCUGGUCCGGCCCCUGGAGCAAAUUAGACUUGAUGUGUCUCAGAUGGAAACCUGGAUAGACAGGAUCAUACAGGCCAUUGAGAAACGAUCAGCUCUUUUGCCCAACGGUCGUCAAGUUCCGCUGGAUGAAGAACGUGGUAUAGAUAUUCUGGGCAAUAUUAUAGAAUCAUCCACUAUCAGUCCAAACCAAGAAUACUAUGGAGACAUACAUAAUAUGGGACACAUAUUUAUAGCGUAUGCACAUGAUCCUGAUAACAGACAUUUGGAAGCAUUCGGAGUGAUGGGAGACUCUGCGACCGCUAUGCGUGAUCCUGUCUUCUACCGUUGGCAUUCUUAUAUAGAUGACUUAUUCGUUAGUUAUAAGAACCAACUGCCUCCGUACGGGAUUGACAAGUUGAACUUUCCCGGCAUUCGUGUUAACGGAAUACACAUUGAAGGUUCAGCUGGCAGAAACAUAUUUGGUACUAGAUGGGAGUUAAGUACUGUGGAAUUGACCCACGGUUUGGACUUCACGCCACGUGGUUCUGUGACGGCCAGAUUCACUCACUUGCAGCAUGAGCCGUUUAAAUAUAUCAUUGAGUAUAAUAAUACGACGAAGAAGACCGCAAUGGGCACUGUCCGUAUUUUCCUGGCACCCACGCAGGACGAGAAGGGCCAGCCCUUGGAGUUCAAUGAACAGCGUCGUUUUUUUAUUGAGCUGGACAAAUUCACUGCCCAGUUAAAGCCUGGCAACAAUGUGAUCAAUCGUCAAAGCUCUAGUUCAUCCGUUACCAUUCCCUACGAGAGAACCUUUAGAGACCAGUCUUCGCGCGUCGCUGAUCCAACUUCCCCGGAGGCAGCACCGUUCAACUUCUGCGGCUGUGGGUGGCCACACCACAUGCUGAUACCCAAGGGUAACUUAAAGGGAUUUCCAAUGGUGCUGUUCGUUAUGAUCUCCAAUUGGGCUGAAGAUAGGAUCGAACAAGACUUGGUAGGAACGUGCAACGACGCAGCAUCGUACUGCGGUAUCCGCGACCGCAAGUACCCAGACCGUCGUGCGAUGGGUUUUCCCUUCGACAGACCCAUCACCGCAAACUCGCUGGAAGAAUUCCUCCAACCCAACAUGAGUAUUGCUCAGUGUAUGGUACGACAUAAUGACGUCACUAUACCGAGGGGACAAAGCGCCUAA